AUUCUGAGCCAGAAAUACCUUUCUGUUUCUCUCUUUCUAUCUCUAUCUCUAUCUUAACAAGUUCCUCUUUCUACCCCCAAUAAUAAUAGUAAUAACCAUAAUUCAAAAACCCCCCUUCUAUCUAUCUCUAAUUGUUGGGGUAGUUAUCGGACGGUGUAUGGCAGCGAGAUUGUCAGGGCAUGAGGUAUCCGAUCUGUGCCUUGGGAAACCGCCUCUCAGGUCACUUUCCGUCACCGACACCGUAGCCGACGCACUCUCCGCCCUCAAGAGGAUCGGAGACUCCUACGUCACCGUCUGGAACUGCCACCACUCCUUCGUUCGCCAUAAUAACAAUUGCUGCAACCGCACCUGCACCUGCACCUGCACCUGCACAUGCAUCGGCAAGGUUUGCAUGGUCGACAUCAUUUGCUUCCUUUCCAAACCCGACAACCUCUCUUCCCCUGCCUCAGCCUUCCAUUCCCCCAUCUCCCUUCUCCUCCCUCGCCAUCCCACCCUUGUUCGCCAUCUCCCUCCUAAUGCCAGCUUGUUGGAGGUGAUAGAUGUAAUGCACGAAGGGGUGCAGAACGUGGUGAUACCAAUACCAAACCGGAGUGGUUCAAGGAAAAGUGUCCUUGAAUAUGGGGAGUCUCACACAAUGCACAAAAACGACGCCACCUAUUGCUGGCUGACGCAAGAGGACGUAAUACGCUACCUCCUGAACUCAAUUGGUGUAUUUUCCCCCAUACCCAGUAACCCUAUCAACACCCUCGGCGUAAUCGACACGCAGAAUCUCUUAGUUGUGUGCUACGACGACCCUGCCUCCUCUGUUUUGGACCUUCUCGCCGUCUCUCUCUUUCACCAGAGUUCCGUCGCCGUUGUCGACCAGCAAGGCAAGUUCGUAGGAGAAAUCUCCCCCUUCACUGUCAACUCUUGCGACGAGGCGCUGGUGCCGGCGAUGGCAACUCUCUCCGCCGGUGAGCUCAUGGCCUACAUCGACUGCGGUGGACCGCCGGAGGAUCUGGUGCAGGUUGUGAAGGAGAGGCUGGAGGAGCAGAGCCUAGGAGCGGCGUUGGAGUUGCUCGGCGAUGAAACGGGGCUUUCUUCUUGGUCGUCAUUUACUUCGAGUUCGUCUUCUGAUGAGGAUUUUUGCAUUGGGAAGAAUGGGAAAGUUGGAGGGUACUCGGCGAGGGUGGUGAGAAGAUCGGAAGCCAUUGUUUGCUACCCUAAAAGCUCUUUGGUGGCGGUUAUCAUUCAAGCACUUGCGCAUCGCGUGAGUUACGUGUGGGUUGUGGAAGACGAUGGAACAUUGUGUGGGAUUGUUACGUUCGAUGGAAUCUUGAAGGUUUUCAGAGAACACCUCAAAUCCAUCUGCUAACAUAAUAAUACUUGAUUCUCCGUCGUUUUUUCUUUCUUUUUUUGACAUUUUUAACAAUUUGAUUUGGGUUUACUUUUUUUUGUCAUUUUAUAAAAUUAUCAAAUAAUUAAUUUUUUAAGAACUGGGUAGAGUAAUUUUGUCAGAAGAUGAGGAAAUUGAAUCCAAAAUAACUAAUACUUCACGCUAAUUUUUUUAAAAAAAUUACCUUUUCGGCUUAGUCAAAGAAUCCAACCCGAGAUAGCAUAGGAGGGAAGGUGUGCAGGCACAAGCAAAUUUGGUCCUUGGUUAUAUAUACAACCACAUAUAAGUGUCCCAUCCCUGAUUGUUUUAGAUUUUAAGAACGUUUUUCACCUUUAUGCGGUUUUGUUUUCUCUCUCACUCGAUGAUUCAUUAAAAUGGAAUUUUAGAUAGUGUCUUGUUCUUCGGCGUUAGAACUUCACCCUUAAAAGAUUAGGAAUAAUAGUCAGUUGUAUAACGACAUCAAAGAUGCUUUAAGUAUGUGCCACAAAUAAUAUUUUUAAAGUUUAUAAAUGAUUUUAUUGCAAAAUAGAAAUGUUUGUUUAAAAAUUAUUUGUAUUCUAUUUAUAUAACUGUACUUAUAGUUAUUUUAGGAAGUUUAAAUUUGAACUUUCUCUUUCCUCCUUUAUAUUUCUUAAUUGAACUCAACAAAAUUAAUGAUCUCCUAAAUCUUUCUUCUUUUUCAUUGUCGGUGAAUUUUACAUGACUACUAGUUAAGGAAUAAGAGAAUUGUACAGUUGAUGUACUUUUAAGGCAACUGCUGAGUAGGAGGAGCUGCUUCUGGUAGCAUAUACUGUGUAAAAGAUACGGAUCCCUUUGCAAUGUCAAAUUCAAAUACCGGGAAAAGCUAAGCACGAAAGCUAGUACAACUUGGUUAUAUCAAAUUCAAAGAGAAGAUACGGAUCCCUUUGAAAUAUCACAAGCUUCCCUCUCAAAAAAUUGGCUAUAUUAGUCCCUUUCCUUUCUUUUAUCAAACUAUUUAUUCAUUUUCCCCAUACGAUAUAUGACAGUCAAGAAUAAUACACUUGAGUUAACCCCUGAAGAGGAGAAAAGAUAAGGUAAAGAGAAAAAAUGUAAAUUGAAGCAAAUAUAAAAAGAAAAAUAAUCAUUUUUUUUAAUUAAAUAAAAGAACAUACGUAAAAAAGUUUUGUUAGGUUUAUUAGUUUUGUUAAGUUUGUUUACAUACGGAAAAAAGUUAACUAGUGUGCUAAAUGAUUUGCUAUUCGUCCUUCUUCUUAUCAUUUUUUUAAGUAUGAAUGUUAACAGCUUGUAAUUUUAUAGAUCUGACCUAGUUUGUUUGUUUUAGGCUUUUUUUAAAAGCUUUUUUAAGCAUCUUUUAAUAAAAAAAUAAUUAUACAUUAU